GCUCAGUAUGAAAAUGCCCCCGAAACUGCACGGAUUAUGAUUGGGAUUCCAGGUAUUCCAGGAUCAGGUAUGAGCCCUCCCCCUUACUGGUUGUAUUUAUGCACACAAUGUUCACAGGCAAGAGUACUUUGGCUGUCAAAGUAGCCGCUACAGUGAAUGCAAUAUAUGCUGAAAAGGUCAUUGAGAGCGCCGGGGCCGCGUUCGCCGUUGAUAUCCCCAUGGACGGCUUCCACCUGUCGCGGGCGCAAUUAGCCGCGAUGCCCAACGCAGCCGAAGCCAUUCACCGACGGGGUGCUGCCUUUACCUUUGACGGCCAGGGAUUCUUCCAUCUGGCGCAGCGGCUACGCGAGCCUCUCAGCCCUGGCUCCAGUACCAUCUGCACUCCGGGGUUCGACCACGCCAUCAAGGACCCCGUCGCCGACGAGAUCCCCAUCCUGCCAACUUCGCGAGUGCUGAUUUUCGAGGGCAACUUCCCAGCUCUCGAUCGAGAGCCGUGGAGGUCAGCAGCGGGUCUGAUGGAUGAGCCGUGGUUCAUAGACGUUGACCGCGAGGUGGCCCGGGAGCGAUUGGUGAAGCGACAUGUUAUCAGGGGCGUGACGGCGGACGAGGCCUCGGCGCGGCAUCGGAUCGCUUCGACGGAUUUUUUGAAUGCGGAUGACAUUUUGGAGAAUCGACUUCCAGUUCAGGAAAUUGUGCGUGGGGAUUAUUAGGUCGGAUUUCGCCUAUUCAUCUGCAUGUAGAGUGAUUUGUUGGAAUGAUCUAUCUCAGCACCGAUGAUUGGAGUUCUUCGCGCCUAUUUUCUGAGAGAUAAUAUUUGGCACCAUG